AUGUCACUUACUCCACAGGUACAAGUACUUCCUACCUGCCCCUGCCCCUCGGCCUUCAUGCCCCCCACCGCCGAGACACCAGUGAAAGUAGAGGGCUCUGGCGGGAAGAACCAGUUGGCAUGUCCAAGGACCUGCGUUCCCACCUGGGCUGUGCCGCAUGCUGUGUGCUCUUGGGCAAGUCCCUUUCCUUCUCUGCAGGACAAAGAACAGGUCAGACAGCUAGGAUUCGGGGCAAGGCCCUGCGGUCGUCAGCCUUUUCAAGCCACCUGGGGUCUAAUUUUCAUGCUGCCUGAGCACUGGUCUCGGACCCGCCACCUGCACUCUGCUGCUCUUCCGAGUGGAAGCCCAGACUUCUUCACCUUGCUGAGGAGCAUGGUAAGAGCCGCAUCCCUGCUCCAGAGGACUGUGCACCCGCGCGGAGGUCAGACUCAGAUCGGCCGCAAGGCUUCAACUCCAGAGAAUGGCACAUGGACCAAACAAGGGAGUGUGUGUUCUGCAGAUACCCACCAGUCAUGCCCACCAGUCAUGCCCACCGGUGUGCCCUGGAUCAGCAGCAGCAAAAUGGUAGCAGCCGGGCCAGUCAACAAGAUUGUGGACCAGUGUGAGCGGCUGCAGUUCCACAGUGCCAGCAUCACCAGAUAUGUGGCUGAGGUCCUGCCAGGGAAGAACCAGAGAGCAGUGAGCACGGCCAGCGCGGCGCGGGAACUGGUCAUCCAGAGGCUAGGUGUGGUGAGGAGUCUGUGUGAGAGCGAGGAGCAGCGUUUGCUGGAACAGGUGCAUGGUGAAGAAGAGCGGGCCCACCAGAGCAUCCUGACACAGCGAGUCCACUGGACUGAGGCGCUGCAGAAGCUCGACGCCAUCCGGACCAGCCUGGUGGGCAUGCUCACCCAUCUGGAUGAUCUCCAGCUGAUUAAGGAGCAGGAGAUUUUUGAAAGGACCGAGGAAGCAGAGGGCAUUUUGGAUCCCCAGGAAUCGGACAAGUUAAACUUUAAUGAGAAGUGCAUUCGGAGCCCACUACUUACCCAACUCUGGGUGACAGCGGUUCUCGGGUCCCUCUCAGGCACGGAGGACGUGCGUAUUGACGAGAGGACCGUCAGCCCCUUCCUGCAACUGUCAGAUGAUCGAAGGACCCUGACCUUCAAUGCCAAGAAGUCCAAGGCCUGUGCAGAUGCCCCCGAGCGCUUUGACCACUGGCCCAAUGCCCUCGCGGCCACCUCCUUCCAGGCUGGGCUGCACACCUGGAUGGUGAACGUCCAGAACAGUUGUGCCUAUAAGGUGGGCGUGGCCCUGGGCCAGCUGCCCCGCAAGGGCUCCGGCAGUGACUCUCGUCUGGGCCACAACACCUUCUCCUGGGUCUUCUCCCGCUACGACCAGGAGUUCCGUUUCUCCCACGACGGGCAGCACGAGCCCCUGGGGCUGCUGCGCUGCCCCACCCAGCUGGGCGUGCUUCUAGACUUGCAGGCGCAGGAACUGCUCUUCUACGAGCCGGCCUCGGGCACGGUGCUCCACGCCCACCACGUGCCCUUUUCGGGGCCCCUCUUCCCGGUCUUUGCGGUGGCCGACCAGACCAUUUCCAUCAUCCGCUGAUCCGCGACCACCGGGAGCCCCGGUCUGCUCCCCACCACGCGUCCAGGCCAUGUUCCUACCCAGUGUCUCCCCCCCACCCCCGAUGUUGCCUCUGCCUGAUGGGCAGCUUUAGGAGGGUGGGGGAUCCAUUUCAGGUCUGGGUUCAGCCGUGACAUGCUGGGUAUCUGUGGGGAGCCUGCUACCCGCGGGGCCUUAGUCUCCCAAAUCCACCAGGCAUCUGGCCCUCCGUGGGUGUCUUGUUCACCACAUCGUGUCUGGCACCCAGCAUGGUGCCUGGUGCCCGGUUGUGCAAGAAAUACUUGGCGAGCGAACGGGUGGAUGGAAAGGUGCCUAGGUGUGUGUGGUAGACUCUUCUGGAAAAGCACUGCCUUCCAGCCCUGUCCCUGGCUUUGAUUCAGAACUCCUGCGAGGCUCUUCUUGGCCAGAAGACUCUGGCCUGGGGGGGGCUGUGUCCCCCCACCAGGUCCAGCCUGGCGGCUCAGGAGACUGAGGGGAUCCUGUCCGGAGGAAACCUGACUGCAACACCCCCAAAACUGCCCCCUCCCCGCAGCUCGUGGCCCCCCCCCCGACAUAAUGUGGAGACCCGGAGUGAGGGCCUCAAGCCCCAGAGAGCUGAGGGAGUAGGAGGGCCAGACGUAGGGAACACGUCUGUUAUUAAAGGUUUUAGA